AUGCCGACAGUGGAAUUGGUGGGUGGAAAUGAUUUUGAAGAGUUUUUAAUCUGUGGAAAUCUUUUUCAAUUAAAUAUUGAUCAUAUCACCCUUUCAACAGUUUCCUUUUAUACUUUGAUGCUUCAGCACUUGACUAACAGUCAUCUCGGUGUAUGUUGCGAACUUUAUUAUGAGUCACUCACAUUUGGUGGUAACGAACCAUACAAAGUGACGUCGAUUAGACACAUUUUAGAUUAUCUCGAAAUUUGGUUUCUUUCUUUUUUCGACUGA